AUGGUUUACACGAGUCGUCGCGAAAUGGAUAACAGAAACUGCAUUACAUUCAGAAAGAUCAGAAAAGGUGGCUCGAAAAGUGCUUGUGAAGACCGAAGUUUCGAAAAAAAUCAUUUUCUGUCGCAGUUCUUUCGCACCACUUAUUCGGACAUGCUUUUAAACCCUUUUAUACGCGUGCUUAUUAUCAUUUCUUUCCUCGUCUAUCUGGGUGUAGCGAUUUGGGGUUGCACUGAGGUGAAACUCGGACUUGAACCGAACGACUUAUUGCCAGACAACUCGUAUGGAAAGCAAACGCUUCGCCUCGCCGAGAAGUAUUUCGCUGGUAACAACCUUUGUUGA